AUGGUCCUCGCUAACAUCAUGAACCCCUCUCGGUACACUACAAUGAGACUCACACUUUUUAUGGGAUUGUGCCUGGCUCAAGCUGACGCGUUCACGGUUAUGCCUUCAUCAGCAACACGGCUAUCCCGCCCUUUUGGAGCACUCCCAAUGAAAACCACCGCAACGCCAACAUCAUCACUGUCUCUGUUCCCAAUGUCCAUCAGCAGCGAACUCUCGUCCUUUAGCAGCGAGCUCUUAUCUAACGAAGAUUUGGUGCAGGAUGAGUUUAUGAAUGGAAUGACGCAUGCCUUGUUGGACUUUACGACCCUCUGGGGUGCGACCACCGUCGUAAUUCGAUUGGCCACUGUCAUUGGUCGUAUCUUCAUCCUUGCUCAAGACUUGGACCACGAUGUAUUGCCCGACGAACUUGCCUUUCAAAUUUUCCUCUUUGCUGUGGCCUGUCAUGGCCUGAUCACGGCGUCGCUCCCCAAGAUCCAAGCUCACUUGGAAGUUCCUCAUCUCAUGACCUUUCCGGACCGUCAAGCUUUCCGUUCCAUCUUCCGACCAGCGGGGAUCUCCUGGAGUCAAUACAAGGAACUCCACUUGAGCUCCAUGGAUUGGGUAACUGUGGAACCAGGUCAAGUGAUAUUGGCCAACGAAGAGGAGCAAGAUGCCGUCUACUGGCUCUACCAAGGCAACGUCAGUGUUCAAGGCAACACCAGCACGCACAAUGUCUGCAGUCAGAACCAUGCACCCGGAUUGCGUCUUCUUGGCGAAAAGAGACUGGCCAUGCUUCUCGACAGUCGUCAACGACGUGCAGAGACCAAGACGACCAAGAGCAGCAGUCAAGUCGCGGCCGUGGCCGGUGAGCAUGGCGCCAAAUUGCUACGCAUGAAUACCACCAAGCUCGAGAAGCAUUUGAAACGUGAUCCCGACCUGAACAGCUCCCUCAGUCGCCUAGCCUUUCAAGGAAUGCAAGACAAGCUUGAUGCUCUCCUUUGGAAGGAGGCAACCAACGAACUAUCUGGCUAA